CACUUCCCUCCACACGUUCAUCCUUUGCCUUAUCUUUCCCUACAACCAAACAAAUUAAAACAACCCUCUUUAACAAUGAAUUAUCAUAAAACAAUCACAAUAACACCACCAAAAACAUUUUCUGUUGCUAGAUAACCAUGGCUACCAAACUCACCUUCACACUGUUACAGCCGCGACCAUUCACUUCCCCUAGACCAACGCCUUUCAUUCCAAUCUCUUCCUUCUCCUCCACUUCCGUUUCCCCUCUCCACCUUCUUCAAUUCAAUGCUCGCCGCUUCUGCCUUCGCCGCCGGCUAUUUCUGUUUCCUGUCAGGGCCGCUGCCGAUCAAGGAAAGGCUGAGGAAGAUGACGUUGUGGAUAGUAAAAUCCUACCCUACUGUAGCAUAGAUAAAAAGGAGAAGAAAACAGUUGGUGAACUCGAGCAAGACUUUCUUCAAGCACUGCAAGCAUUCUAUUAUGAGGGGAAGGCUAUCAUGUCAAACGAAGAAUUUGAUAAUCUUAAGGAAGAACUCAUGUGGGAAGGGAGCACCGUUGUGAUGCUAAGUUCAGAAGAACAAAAAUUUCUGGAAGCGUCUAUGGCCUAUGUAUCCGGAAAACCAAUCCUGAGCGACAAAGAGUUUGAUGAUUUGAAACUCAGGCUAAAGAUGGAAGGGAGCGAAAUUGUGGCUGAGGGUCCUCGGUGCAGUCUUCGUAGUAGAAAGGUCUACAGUGACCUUUACGUUGACUACUUGAAGAUGUUCUUACUGAACGCCCCAGCUACUGUGCUUGCACUUGGACUGUUCUUCUUCCUUGACGAUUUGACUGGAUUUGAGAUCUCAUAUCUCAUAAAGAUUCCGGAGCCAUAUAGUUUUAUUCUAACUUGGUUUGCCGCCAUUCCCUUUAUUUUGUGGCUGGCUCAAUCAAUUACAAAGGCAAUUGUAAAAGACUUUUUGAUUUUAAAGGGCCCCUGUCCUAACUGUGGCACUGAAAAUACCUCUUUCUUUGGGACAAUACUGUCAGUUUCAAGUGGCGAUUCCACCAACAAUGUCAAAUGUGAAAACUGUGAGACUAAAAUGGUGUAUGAUUCAAGAACAAGAUUGAUUACAUUGCCGGAAGGAAGCAGUGCCUAAAUUGAGUUGAGAUGGUGAGGAUCAGAAACUACUACUUACAUGUGGAAGCUAGAGACUAAUUUAUCAAGCCAGCAACUCAAGGUCGCUGUCAUAGGCCAUGAAAGUAAUCAUUAUUCUCACUGUGGUACACCAUAUAUACAAGUACAAGUUGUAAUUUUAUGAACUUUGUAAACAAAUGCAGGAUCGUCCACUGGAAGAGAUGAGUUACAUGAUUUCUUUUGUAACAAAAAAACAAUCUAAAAAGUUAUGAAACCGCCCUGGUGUGGGAUUUUUA